AUGGCUCCUGGAGACCUGUCCAAUCGCGAUGCAGAUCCCUCCUUACCGGCUGUCGCAGCCGAGUCGCGCAGUAGUGUCAGAACAGAGACCGUUGACGAGACUCGCGUCACCGAGGGUCUUCGCCUUAGGAAGCUGCGGCUCGGUAGAGAUGACCAGAAACGACAAACUCUCCAUGUGCCAAAAGCGCACGUGCACUCCACAGACCCCGCGAGUCUAUCCUCGUUACAAGCAACCCCGGAACCGGUGUCGCCCGUCGGCCGACUGUUUCUGGACAACGGCUUCUACACUACAAUUCUAUGCGUGCUGGAGUUUAAGAACGAAAUGGAGAUUAAAGAGCUAAGAGAAAUCCUGGAGCACACGCUGCUGCAACACCCGCGCUUCCACAGCCGCCUGGUCUCUAGCCCUGGUGGCGUGCCAGCGUGGGUGCUUAUGGAUGCUGCUGACGUGGAUCUAGAGUACCAUGUCGUGGAAGAGGAAGCUGCUGACGUGGAUUCGUCACAGCGCCACGUGGCAGGGGAUGAGGGAGGCGGAGGAGGAGGAAAAGGAGGUGAAGAAGAGAGGGGAGGGGGAGGGGAAGGCGAGGGAGCAUUGGAAUCUCAAGUCGUGCGAUUGCAGUCACUGCCUCCUUUUGAUCCCAACCGUCCGCUCUGGCAGAUUCACGAGUACCUCGUAGUGCUUCUGUGGGUUGCCGACACACCAACGCCCAUCAAGGGAGGCCCUUACCUGCACUGCCACGCCCCAUGUGUGCUGCACGUAUGUUUUCCACUCCCCUUCACUCCCUCCCUCCCCAUUCAGAUUCUCGAGUACCUCGCAGUGCUUCUGUGGGUUGCCGACACACCAACGCCCAUCAAGGGAGGACCCCACCUGCACUGCCACGCCCUGCCACGCUGCUUCGCCGUGUCCCCUGAAAUGAGCCUAGAGGACGUUUCGGCCAUUCGCAAGGCAGUGAAAGGCGCGACGGUCAAUGACGUCAUGCUGACGGUGAUCUCAGGUGGAAUAGAGCGGUACCUUGCUCUUGUUGGCAGUGACACUACAAAUGGAGGGUCCCCAUUGCCUCACCGGCUGCGGGUCAGUGCACUAGCACUCUUCAACCUGCGACCAGCACCGGGCCUACAGGAAUUGAGUGAGCUGAUGGCGGGGCAGAGGUCGCAAGCACGGUGGGGCAACCACCUUGGGAAUAUCCUGCUGCCACUGCCCAUCUACAGCAGAGCGCAGGGAAGGAACUACCGGCCGAGCCAGCAGAGUGAUUCAAACAAGCCAAGCUGCAGGGCGGGGGAGGGGGAGCGGGAGGGGAAGGUCACGAGGGAGGAGGUGGAGCGGCUGGGCGCAGUGAGGGCGCUGUGUGCAUCGAGGAAGGACUCGCUGAUGGCUCACUGGACGUACCUGAAUGGCCGCCUGCUUAUGCCGCUCGUGGGAUGCAAGCCAGUGGCAGUGCUCACCCGUCGCAGCCUGGAUCAUACCACCCUCUCGCUCUCCAAUGUGGUGGGGCCGUUAGAAGAGGUGGCACUGCACGGCCACCCCAUCUCUGCCAUCAUUCCUUCAGUCUACGGCAGUAACCAUGCGCUCACGUGUCACAUUCAGACAUACAAGGGAGCUGCUCGCGUAGUGGUAUCUGCGGUUAAGCAGCACGUCUCAAACCCACACCUGCUCUGCCGGUGCUUCUUUGAGGCGUUUCAGCAACUCAAAGAAGAGGCAAAGACGAUUGUCUAG